UUACUGGUGUUUAAAAAAGAAAAAGAAAAGAAAAGAAGAAGUUAGUGUUACUGGAUUUAUUGCUGGAGGUAUUAUCCUCAAUGUCCCUUUCCUUCUUUUUGUGCAUUAAAAGAUGGGAGUAAAGAGGAGAGACUAGCAAUAUUGUUAAUAUCAAUGUCUAAUUGUCUUCCAGCUCAUGGGCAUUUCAUCCUACUCCUAGCCCUAUUUAUCUUUUCGCUAGUAGUAGCAUUUGCCUUGGUUGUGUAAACGGUCAAGGGUUAGAGAAUUUAGGCACUUUUGCUUGGGGCUUAGAACUUGGUGGAGUUAUGGGUACCUGCUACACUGUUUUUGUUGCCCUAUUAUAUUGCAGCUUUUGUCCAUACUACCCCACGUGGGGUGCUUGGAUGUAUUAAUAUGUUUUCUUUAUAAUAUUAUCUACUAUCUAUUCAAAUCAACAAGGGCAACUAUGACAUAUCUGAUAUUUAAGUAUUUAACCCCACUUCUCUAAACAAAAAAGUAUUUAAUCCCACAAAUAGAAAAGUUCACCAGCUAGUAAAUUUUCUUCUUUUUUUGUGUGGGCUUCCUAAUUCCUAUCUUUAUGUCAUUGUAAUCAAUCCAUUUUCCCUCCUUAGGGAACAAAUAUGACUUCAUUAUUCUUGCAAUACUGAUACUGGUUCCAAUACAGAUAUGACUUCACUAUUUCCUCUUGAGUUAUGCAAUUGUUACAAACUAUCAUUAACAAAGAUUUCACAUACCUUGAUGUCUAGGAUUUCUGUAAUAUCAUAGUUGUCAAUUUUAUACUGGAUUUUCAUAACCAUGGGUAAAAAUCAAAGCUUAUAUUCACAAGUUUAUGAAAUUAGCAUUACUUAUUAUUCUUUUUCAGCUUAAAUACACAAGUUUGUGAAAGCAUUACAUCUUUCUUGUAUAUGGUAGAUCCAAUAGGAAAUUAAGGAUAAUUUAUGAAACUGUAUACCAGAUAGUUUAUGAAAAAUUGGCUACCAAAACCAUGUUGAAUGUUCCUUUCCUUGCUAUCCACAUCCCUUCAUGUGCACCAAAUUCAUAAAGGCUUGAGAAUUUUCAAUUUAUUGGCAUUUGAUCCACUAAAGUGGGAUUUUUUUUUUCCUUAAAAUUGUCUCAUUUAUUAAUGGAUUUGGACCCAUUAAUUAAGUCUACUGCUGUUAUUAGAAAUUUCACAGGACCAACCCAAUGAAUAUUCCCCCAUAGUGGGCCCGAUCCAGUCCUAAACCAAGAGUGAAACCCUAUCCCUUGGUUUCUUACAAAUAACUACCCAUAACCACCUACAACAACCCAUGCAAAAUCUAUAAAAGAAAAACUUCAUAUCUCUUUCUUUCUCUCUCUCUCUCUCUCUGUUUCUAUUCUUUGUAGAAGGGGUUCUUAGGUGGGGAUUUGUGUGUCUUGCUUCUAGUAGCAAGCACCACAAACAAGCAAAGACUUGGAAGUAUUGUUGAUACUGUGAUACAACUGUGGAAUUAAUCUUAAGAGGUUUAUGUGCUUUUGCUGUCAGCUAUGACCUCCUGCUCAAAAGAUGCAUUUAUUGGUGUGAACAUAGGAACAGAUCUCUCAGACAUGCCUCAUCCAACUCAAGUAGUAGCCCUCCUCAAAGCCCAGCAAAUCCGACACAUCCGCCUAUACGAUGCUGACCGUGCCAUGCUUCUUGCGCUUGCAAACACAGGCAUUCAAGUCAUGAUCUCUGUCCCUAAUGAACAGCUACUUGGAAUUGGUCAAUCAAACUCCACUGCAGCUAACUGGGUUUCCCACAAUGUUGUAGCACAUUACCCAGUCACCAAUAUCACAGCCAUAUCAGUUGGUUCUGAGGUGCUAACUACUAUCCCCAAUGCAGCAACAGUCCUUGUCAAUGCCCUCAAGUUCAUUCACUCAGCCCUUGUGGCAUCCAAUCUUGACCGUCAGAUAAAAGUUUCAACACCUCUUUCUUCCUCUAUUAUCCUUGAUUCAUUCCCUCCUUCCCAAGCCUUUUUAAAUCGUUCAUGGAAUCCAGUUUUGGUACCCAUGUUGAAUUUCUUGCAGUCCACAGGUUCAUUUCUCAUGCUCAACAUUUACCCUUAUUAUGACUAUAUGCAAUCAAAUGGUGUAAUUCCUUUAGAUUACGCACUCUUCAAGCCUCUCCCUCCAAAUAAAGAAGCUGUCGAUGCAAAUACACUUCUGCAUUACUCCAAUGUCUUUGAUGCAAUGGUUGAUGCAGCAUACUUUGCUAUGGCUUUCCUAAAUUUUACAAACAUUCCUGUGAUAGUGACAGAAUCUGGCUGGCCCUCAAAAGGUGAUGCAAAUGAACCUGAUGCAACAUUAGAAAAUGCUAACACUUAUAACAGCAAUUUGAUAAGGCAUGUGCUGAACAAAACUGGAACUCCCAAGCAUCCCGGAAUUGCUGUUAGUACCUAUAUUUAUGAGCUCUAUAAUGAGGACACGAAAGCGGGGCCAGUCUCAGAGAAGAACUGGGGAUUGUUUGAUGCAAAUGGGUCGCCCAUUUACAUAUUACACUUGACAGGAUCAGGACUGGUGUUAGCAAAUGAUACUACGAACCAAACUUACUGUGCAGUAAAGAAUGGUGCUGAUCCAAAGAUGGUGCAGGCUGCAUUAGAUUGGGCUUGUGGAGCUGGCAAGGUGGAUUGCACACCUUUAUCGCAGGGUCAAUCGUGUUAUGAACCAGACAAUGUGCUUGCACAUGCAAGCUAUGCCUUUGACACUUACUAUCAUCAGAUGGGCAAGGCUCCUGGGACAUGUGACUUCAAGGGGGUGGCUGCAAUCACCACCACAGAUCCAAGUCAUGGUACUUGUAUAUUUCCCGGAAGUGUUGGCAAGAAUGGCUCCCUGGUAAAUAUCACAGCCCCAUCUAUGAAUUCCACAAGUUCAGAGUUUUCGAGCCACAGCAGUAUUCACGGCAGUGGUUUGACAAGCAUUUUCAUGACGAUCGCAUUUCUAAUAUGGUGUGGAGUAUUAUUGUAGAUGGUGGUUGUUGGAAUCUAUUGCAGCUUUCAUUCAAAGUUUUGAGAAGGUGCUUGGAGGAGCUUGAGAUUGUUCACUUUUAGUGACAGAGCUAGUUUAGAGUUAGUGGCUCAUUCAAUUUUGUACAAAACAAGCUAAAUGGCCUGGACUGUCUUGGGCUCCAUCUACAUUCUUAUUUUUUCCGACUGAAUGAUGAUUCUUCCUUGUAUCAAACCGACCCAUU